AUGGCGGCUGCUGGGGCACGCUGGAACCAUGUGUGGGUGGGCACCGAGACCGGGAUCCUGAAAGGGGUGAACCUUCAGCGCAAACAGGCGGCGAACUUCACGGCGGCAGGACAGCCGCGGCGCGAGGAGGCGGUGAGCGCCCUGUGCUGGGGCGCGGGCGGCGAGACUCAGAUCCUGAUGGGUUGCGCCGACAAAACAGUGAGGUACUUCAGCACCGAGGAGGGCAGAUUCCAGGGCCACAAGCACUGCCCCGGCGGGGAGGGCACGUUCCGAGGCCUCGCCCAGGUCGACGGCACCCUCAUCACAUGUGUGGAUUCUGGGAUUGUCCGGGUCUGGCGUAACAAUGACAAGGAAGCAUCCUCUGACCCACUCCUGGAGCUGAGUGUGGGCCCUGGGGUGUGCAGGAUGCGCCAAGACCCAGCACGCCCGCACGUGGUUGCCACGGGUGGGAAAGAGAAUGCUUUGAAGGUGUGGGACCUACAGGGGUCGGAGGAGCCUGUGUUCAGGGCCAAGAAUGUACGGAACGACUGGCUCGACCUGCGGGUUCCCAUCUGGGAUCAAGAUAUACAGUUCCUUCCUGAAUCUCAGAAGCUUGUCACCUGCACAGGGUACCAUCAGGUCCGUGUCUACGAUCCAGCCUCUCCCCAGCGUCGGCCAGUCCUAGAGGCCACCUAUGGAGAGUAUCCACUUACGGCCAUGACCCUCACUCCCGGGGGCAAUUCAGUGAUCGUGGGCAACACUCAUGGGCAGCUGGCAGAAAUUGACCUUCGGCAAGGACGCCUACUGGGCUGUCUGAAGGGGCUGGCAGGCAGUGUCCGAGGAUUACAGUGCCACCCUUCAAAGCCCCUACUAGCCUCCUGUGGCUUGGACAGAGUCUUGAGGGUGCACAGGAUCCGGAAUCCACGGGGUCUAGAGCAUAAGGUUUAUCUCAAGUCUCAACUGAACUGCCUCCUCCUGUCAGGCAGGGAUGACUGGGAGGAUCAGCCCCAAGAGCCUCAAGAGCCCAAAAAGGCGGCCCUAGAAGACACAGAGACAGAUGAACUUUGGGCCUCCUUGGAGGCAGCUGCCAAGCGGAAGCUCCCUGAUUUGGAGCAGACCCAAGGGGCUCUCCAAACCAGACGGAGAAAAAAGCAGCGGCCUGGAUCCACCAGCACCUGA